AGACCGACAGACGUUGCCCAGCAGAAGCCAUCGAUCUGAUCGACCCCACGCAGGAAACCAUCAAGCUGCUUUGCUUGCUCUGCACUCCCCCUCUUCUCGCUGCGAUCCCGAGGGAGAGAAAUCCAGCAGCUGGGUGGGCCUACCGAGCGACAGAUCGCGGCGCCAGCGCGAGCUGCGGUUUCGGAUUGGCGCGGCAGAUCUCGUUGGGCGGCGGCGUCCGCCACGACGAUGAGCAGCAGCUCCCCUCCGCCGCCCGCGCUUCCCUCCGGGGGUGGAAGCUUCUUCAGAGGAUACACAAAGUUGUGCAAGGGCCUCGCCGUCAUAUUGCUCCUUGUGCAUCUUUUAGUCCAGCUGUUUCCAUCGGCUCUCGCCUAUCUUGCGCUUAUUCCAUCAAGGACGAUCCCUUUUGCCUGGAACCUGAUAACUGCUGGCUAUGUUGAGCAAACAAUUCCAGGGGUGAUUAUCAGCAUAAUUGGUCUUCUUUUAUUUGGGAAGCUGUUAGAGCCUUUAUGGGGUGCGAAAGAGUUAUCAAAGUUCAUCUUUAUUGUCAACUCUUCAACUUCUGGGUGUGUCUUCAUAACUGCCAUUGCAUUGUACUAUAUGACACAGCAGGAGAGCUACCUAUACACUCCUUUUUCUGGAUUUUAUGGAGUUCUGUCAGGAUUGUUGGUGGGCAUUAAGCAGAUUUUGCCUGAUCAAGAACUUAAUCUUUUUGUGCUAAAGAUUAAGGCAAAGUGGAUUCCGUCUCUUGUUGCACUUAUCUCAGUUGUUGUAACCUUCUUCGUAAAGGAAUUGGUGUCUUAUCUUCCAAUUUUGUUGUUUGGCAUUUAUAUGAGCUGGAUUUACCUGCGUUACUUCCAAAAGAGGCUUGAGUCGGGCCUGAAAGGAGACCCAAGUGAGGAGUUUUCUUUCUCAAGCUUCUUCCCUGAAUUUCUAAGACCAAUUCUGGACCCAAUAGCUUCUAUAUUUCAUAGGCUUCUUUGCGGAAGAUCCGAAACAUCUGACUCCAGGGGCCAGGCAUUAGAUACCUCGUCAUUGCCUGGUUCAGACUCUAUUGAGGCAAACAGGAGGAGAGAAAGGGGUCAAAGGGCGCUGGAGCAAAGAUUAGCUGAGAAGCUGGCUGCAGUCAGAAGUUUGGAGGGCACAUCGCUCCAAGCCGAUGACAAAGUUUGAGUGUUCUGUGCAAUGAACUGUGCAAUUUGUGAAUUCCCGGUGAUGCGUUGUCCAAGUGAUUCCCUGAAGGACAGAACGAAAGAAGAACAUGGAUUUCUAAUGUACCCUUCAGCAGCCCCGUCCUCACCGCCGCGUUCUUCAUUUUUCCCAGGUUUCUCAUCAUCUGGAAUCACCUCAUGAAGCACUAAGCUGUAUACAGAGCAUGGCCAUGGCGACUUGAGAAUGUGAUGUUUCCUAGGACGAGAACUCGUCUAUUUUUUCAUUUUUUUAGGUUGAUAGAAUUCACAGGAACAAAAUUAUGUAAGGAGCUUUUAGAGCUUUAUUUAUGUUGUUCAUUGCUUUUCGUAUCCCGCUUGUUAGCACUAUCGUGACAACGAUGUGAGAAGAUCUUGCCUGUUUGUAUUUC